AUGCCAUGAAUCAAUAAUCCCUACUCAUAUCAGGAUAUUCAAAACAAAAUGACAAAACAGCUCUUCUCCGUCCCCGUCGCACCCACAAACGGCAGUUUCGUCUGCACCACCCCAUCCGAUGCGCACGACAAUAUCUACCUUCUCACCUUCACCUCCGGCGCCGACAAUCGACUCACCCCAGAAUUCCUAGAUGCGUUUACACUCUCCCUCGAUAUCCUCGAACACCAAUACCCAAGAGGCGUACUGUUGACAACCAGUGGAAUUCAGAAAUUCUUUAGUAAUGGGUUAGAUCUUGAAAAGGCGCUUUCGUCGCCGGGGUUUUUUGAGAAUUAUUUGUUUAGGGUGUUUAGGCGGCUAUUGACAUAUCCCAUGCCAACAAUCGCACUCAUAAACGGACACGCUUUUGCAGGCGGCUUCAUGCUAGCCAUGUACCACGACUAUCGCAUCCAAAACCCUAAACGGGGUUUCCUCUGUCUGAACGAAAUCGCACUCGGGAUUCCCCUCGCACCACCCAUGCGCUCUGUAUUCAUAUCCAAGAUCCAAGACGGCGAGACACUGCGCUCAAUGAUUAUCGAAGGGAAACGGUACACAGCGCAGGAAGCGUUACAGGCCAAAAUUGUGGAUGGAUUGGGCGAUUUGACGGAUGCGGUGCAACUGGUUCUUGAUAGAGGGCUGUUGAAGAUUGCUUCUUCGCCCGCGUUUGUGGCGAUGAAAGAGAGGUUAUGGGCGGAUGUGGUGGAUUCUAUUGAUUCGCUGGCGGCGCAUGAUGAGGCGGAUGAGUUGAAGGCUAAGAGGACGGUGGAUAUUUCGGAGGAGGGGAAGAAAAGAAUGCUGCAGUGGGAGAAGUCGAAGUUAUAGAUCUAUCUUCUACAUGCGAGGUAAAUGUUUGAGUACUGGAGUGUGUAGAGAUAUAUCUCAUUGAUCUUUGUUAGAAAUAUAAUACAUUUGGAGGAGGUUGGCCGGACGAGUCCUUGCCAUAGUCAAGACCAUGCCUGUGUUGCGUCUUCAUCCAUAACUUAUAGUGUGAGACGGAUGUAACUCACCAAGUGAUGCGGGAUGCGGCACAAGGCGUGUGGUGGGUAUGAUCAGCAACCUCAGUAGGGUGCAAUUGUCUCGCAAUCAUGCAGAGACUCUUCAAGUAAUACCGUAACCGUCAACGUGUAAUAUUAUCAAGUCUUCCUCUUCCCCCUCCCCUUCGCCGGACUAUCAACCUUAUCCGUCAGAGGCCGAUAAGGAGCCGCAAUAAAAUGCUCCGGCGCUCGCUGAUUCGGAUCCUGACGCGGUACGCCUGCAAUCGGUCUAUUCCGAUGCUCUUCAUGCAUUUUGUCUAAGGGUUCCCCCACGAUAUGGUAUUUGGCCCAGUUUAUUGGAGGCAUGCGCACGACGUUUUGCGGUUUGGGGAUUUUUCCGAACUUGCUCUUUGGCGCUGACGAUUCGUCUCCUUCUUGGGCCCCGUCAGAGUCAUCGUCGCUGUCCGUCAUUGUAAUAUCCGUAUCAAUGAAUUGAUGAUUAUCUUCCUUCGUCAGGUUCCCGGCUAAUAAUUCUCUAGAAAAACUCUCCGGAUCCGCCGCUGCUGCCCGUUUCAACUCAUCGAGAGCCUUUAUAUCGUUCAAAGCCUUUUGUUUCUGAAACUGGAGAAGAGAGAUCGCGGAACGUAGCGCUAUGACGUCCGGAUUAUUGCUUUCUGAUAUCGGGACGGGACUGGGUUCUGGUUUGAUCGGGUUCGGCGGGGGGUACGUCGGUUGUUGUUGCUGGUGUUGUUGAGGAAGUUGCUGUGGUGGCGGCAUUACCGCGCGCUGAUUCACGGGUUCAUUUUGUUUGGGCGGUUUUGAAGAUACUGUAUUUCGCCUCUUGACCGCCAUCGCCGUAGCUUCUGUCGACGUAUCCUCUAUCGCAGGUGGUA